AUGGCUGAACAAGUAGUUAUUUUACUAUUGGACAAGAUUGCUGACUAUCUGAUUGAGGGAGCUGCAGGUUUAUGGCCAAAGGACCUGAAGCUACGUGAUCAGAUUGAAUGGGUCGAAGGGGAGCUGAGGCGAAUGCAGUGCUUCAUCAAGGACGUAGAUUCAAGACAAGAUGCUGAUGAAAGAGUCAAAAAUUGGGUUGCAGACUUAAGGGAGGUUGCAUAUGAUACAGAUGAUAUUCUUGACUCUUUUGUUUACAGUCUGGUACAAGGACAGCAGAGGGGAGUUCUUGUUACAUUUCUCAAGAGGUACUUCCUCUCCUUUAAUGAGUUGAUCUUAUGUCGUAAGUUGAAUGAUCAGAUAAAACGAAUCAGGAUUAGACUCCAAGAGAUUAGUGACAGAAAAUCCACAUACGGAAUUGGAAAUAUAGGAAUAGGGACAGAAGGGGCUGGUUUUGCAGCUAGCAGACUGCAAGAGAGGAGAAGAUCAUCUGUUCAUGUUUGCGAGGAUAUUGUUGGUCUGGUUGAAGAUGUAAAAAUAAUUGAAUCACAGUUGAUUCAUGGAGAAUCAAGGCGUUGUGUUGUCUCAGUUGUCGGCAUGGCAGGUAUAGGCAAGACCACUCUUGCCAAGAGAGUUUACCUUAAAUCUGAUCUUAAGGAGCAUGUUGAUUGCUGUGCUUUUGUUUAUGUCUCUCAAAAUUUUAGAGCAAGAGAGAUAUUACAAGAACUGGGGAAAAAAUUGAUGGGAAAUGUAGGAGGAGAUUUUGGAAGAGCAAGCAAUGAAGAAUUGCGGGAGAUAAUCUCAAGUUUUUUGGAGAGUAAAAGGUAUCUUAUAGUUUUGGAUGAUUUGUGGAAUUUUGCAGAUUGGGAUGAUCUCAAAGCAGCCUUUCCUGAGGAGAAAAAUGGGAGUAGAAUUCUGCUUACUACCCGUUUUAAAGAUGUUGCUCUCUAUGCUGACUCGAAAAGUACCCCACAUGAACUCUGCUAA